GCGGACUGAGCCCGGUCUCACCAGCACCAACCCAAACGGGUCAACGCUCUGAGGAGACAUGGAGGAAACAUCUGCCAGACGUCUGCUGGAGUUCAUCGUUCUGCUCUGCUGCUCAACAAACUCAGUCCUCCCAGUUCGUCUGACUGUGAGUCCCAGCAGAUCUCAGUUCUUUGAAUAUGAAUCUGUGACUCUGACCUGUGAGGAUGGAUGGACUGUGAGGAGAAACACAGCCAGAGGAACCAUAACUCAGUGUGGAGAUCAAUGGGGAGAAACUGAUGGUUCCUCCUGCAGCCUGAUCUACCUCCUCCCAUUAGACACUGGUUUAUACUGGUGUGAGUCCAUGUCUGGAUCCUCCAGCAGCAGCAGCAGCAUCCAGCUCUCUGUCUCUGGUGGAUCAGUGAUCCUGCAGAGUCCUGUCCUCCCUGUGAUGGAGGGAGAUGACGUCACUCUGAGCUGCAGAGCAAAGAAUCCAACCCACAACCUCCCAGCUGCUUUCUAUAAAGAUGGCUCCUUCAUUGGUGAUGAAACUACUGGCAACAAGAUUCUCAACUCAGUGAAGAGAUCUGAUGAAGGCCUCUAUAAAUGUAAUGUCAAAGGUCAUGGAGAGUCUCCAUCCAGCAGGAUCUCUGUCAAAGGGAGAAUCUCCUCCACUCCUCCUUCCUCCUCCACCUCUUCUUCCAGUUCCCAGUCUCCGAUGGAUUCUUCCUCUCCCAGUCUUCCUCUUCCUCUUCUUCUCUCUCUCUGUCUUGCCUGUGUUUGUCUCGUCUUCGUCUUCCUGGUUCUGCUGCUGAAAUGUUUUGUCAGGAGGAAACCUGAAGUUGUUGAAGAUGAAGAUCUGUCACACAGUGAUGAUGUUUUACAAACCCGACUGCAGCCAAUCAGAUGCAGCGUUGUUUAUGAUCUUCCACACAAACAAUCAGGACCAAACUGAUGAUGUCAUGAUGACGUCAUGAUGUCUGCCGGUCGUUUCCACUGACUGGACCGGGUUGUUCUGGUUCUGUAUUUGUUCUGAUUCCAUUAUAAAAUCUUUCAUACUGCAGCAUUUCCUGGUUGGCCUUCAGUUUUAGAUCCAGAGGCCAACAGGACGGUCCAGACGGAGGGACGUCAGGAUCAGGUUUCAUUGUUGCUCCCAGGAUGAGUUUCUGUUUUGGGAGAUAAGAAAUGAUCUGAUGUCCAUCAGCGGACAGAGAAAUGUUCCUGUUUGAGACGUUCUGGUGCGUCUGGUUUAGCAUCGCGCUGGUUGGUCUCCAUGUUGGUGGUUUGGGUUUAAUCCAUCCUGAAUUCCCAUAACCAUAAAUACCAACCAAACCGGACCGGACCGGACCACUCAGUGGACCGGAGGCCUGAACCGAGUGUAACUUACUGAUUCCCAACCAUCUAAUCUGGAAAAGUCUCCUAACUGGGAGGAUGGGAUCUGGAGUGUUUGGUUCUGAGAUGGGUAUUCAGGUUCACCUCGACCCACUUCAGGCUUCUGGAGGUCAUCAGCUCUCUGUGUUGGUCCAGAGGACGGAGUAGAAGAACUGAACCUCCUGGUGGGUCAGAAGGUUCUGACUGUCCGUCCCUACACGCCGUCCAGAUGAUCCAUACCGGAUCGGUCCUGCAGUCAGAGCCGGUUCCUCUGGUCUCCUCCAGAUUCCCCUGAUGGAUCCGGAUCCAAGGCUCUUCCAUUACACUCAGUCUGGUUUAUGGUGGAAACAUCUGGGAGUCUCUGGAAUCACAUCUGGAAGAUUUUCUUCGGUUCUGACUCGGGUAGGGGACGGGGAGUCUGAAUGGACCAGGGUCAGAGGUCAGAGGUCUUGCCCUCCUCAUCCCACAUGGUUUAGGUUUUUAUGAUAUUCUCUCUCUCUCAUUAUUUUUGUGUUUUUGUUAAAUCUCAGAGCUGUGAUUUUCCCUCCUCUUUCCUCUUGUUCUUUGUUCUGAUCCAACAGACGGUCAGUCAGAGCCUCAGGAUCCGUCUGCUCUUAUGAUGAUGGUUUUGGUUUGUUUGGACCGGCUGUACUGAAAUAUCAAAUCCCUCCUGAGGUUCUGGUAGCAGUAUUUUAUUCAGACAGGAAGGAUGGAGGAGUGGCUUUGACACCCAGACUGUGAUGUAGUGACAGUUUAACCACAGUGUGAACCGAAGACGGAACCAGAAAUAGAUUAAAUGUUUUGAUCCUGUGAGGAUUAUUCAUGAUUAUGAUGGUUUAUGUCAGUGAGCAGAAUGAGGCAGUGGACUGAGGAGCAAACGCUCCUGAUGAUGGUGUGUGUGUGUGUGUGUGUGUGUGUGUGUGUGUGUGUGUGUGUAGUUAUAGUUAAAGACAGAGGAGCAACUUACCACAUUAAGAGACUAAAUUUAUAUUAAAAAUAUAUAUUUGUUGUUGAUACUGCAGGCCUAGUUAUUAAUUCAUGCCAUCAUUAAAUGACAAUCAAAAUAUUAUUCAUUAUAAUAUGUGGCCAUAAUUUCACUUUUUGGGUAAUAUUUGUAUUGUAACGAAUUAAAUAAUAUCACUGAAGUUUAAAUCAUCAGUUAAUUAAAGUAAUUAAUUGUAGUAAGUAAAAACUCUUUAGGUCAGUAAUGUGAACAGACGGUUCUACUGCAGGAGGUUAACGUCGCUCAGAGAUCCAGGUCUCCUCGUGGCAAUUUCUUCAAAAAUGAUUUAAAGUCAAACCUUCAGUCAUAUUAAG